AUGGCGGGCGCUGUUUGGCCUUGGCUUCUCCUCCUGCCACAUGCCAAAGGUAUGUUGGCCGAUGUUGGGAUACCGUUGCACUUUUCUGGCUUGCUGAACUUGUCGCUACAUGCCAAGUUCUUUGUCCUCCGGCCACCGCCGGAGCUUCGGCCCGAGGCCCCACAGCUGGAGCUGGCUUUCCUGCACCUCUCCAGGUGUGAAUACUUCGGACACAUGUACAGCUUCGAGUACAUGUACACUGACUUUUUCGAGAUGAACCGACAGUUCCUUGCCAAUUCGGCAGAGGAAGCGGACUUCGUGGUGCUCGAGCAUUGCGUCACGUAUGCGUACCAUGUCCUUAGGUAUGGAGCCGGAUUCAACACAGUGAAGCUGACAUGGGAAGCAUUGAGGAUAGCGCAGGAAUCCUACCUUUUGCCGUUGAUCCAUUGGGCCGAGACCACGCCGGCUUACCAGAAGACACAGGGCAGGAAUUUCGUCAUCGUUUUCGCCAUGGACAAGGGGCGAGUUGAUUACCCGAUGGCAUCAAGGGCCACCCAGCACUGGCAUGCCAUUACAACUGUUGGAAAUGGCACGACUUGGAUGAAGAGGAACCAGCCGUGGUUGCGGCCGGAAUCGGACUCAGCACGUGAUCCUUGCAAAGGCCGGAGCAGUACGUCGAAGAGGCGCCUCGUUUACUACGAGCAGGACGUUGUGGUGCCCGUGCCGACGAGCUUUGAGUGGACACCGGAGGCCCAGCAGACUGAAGAUCGGCACCUUCUUGUGUUUUACGCGGCAUCUCCGAACAGCUGUAUCCGAAGAUCAAUCGCGAGCCAGCUUGCUGCAUCAGACGAUGCAGAGGUGCUCGUCAUUCCGAAGCCAAUUCCUAAGAAGCCAUGGAGCGACUUCCUCUUCCGGUCCAAGUUCUGUUUUGUCCCGGAUGGGUUCUCAUCCAUCUCAGCAAGGCUUUACGAGGUGUUGUUGCAUGGCUGUGUGCCGGUGCUUCUGACCCAUGCCUUCCAUCCGCCCUUUGAAACUCUCAUUGAUUGGCGGCGGAUCGCCGUUUUCCUGCACAACAGCCAGGUGGCCGAUGCACCUGCAAUCCUGCGCAACAUUUCGGAAGAGGAGUACCUUUCGAUGCACAGGCAGGUAACUCGGGUCCAGCGCCUCCUGAGCCUUGGAUCGGCAUCAGAGCAAAAGCCGGAAAGCACCUGUUGCGACUUACGAAAGACCGUCCAGAGUCUAGAGUGUUCACAAGACCAAGGAAUGUUCAUGCCUCUGGGACUGCAGUGCAUCAAGAUGUUUCAGCCCUGCAGUUCUCUGUUUGUUAGUCAUUUUGGUGCUGCAUCCUGCUGCACCAUGCAAGGAUAUGCCUUUCUGGAUAGCUACAAACAUGGAGUUGAUGCAGCGCAAGCAAGACCUAGGCUGAACUCAGCAGGCAAAGCAUGUGAUGGAGCUAGCAUGCAUUUCAUUCCUGCACUGGCAGCGAAGCGGCGCGUGCCUCAUGGUCGCUGA